AUGAUGCAGGCGGAGAUCCAGCAUCUACUGGACAUAGCGGCCAUAGAGCAAGUGCCCCGGGGUCAAGAAGGCAGGGGAUGCUACUCGAUCCUCUUUCUGGUUCCCAAAGCCUCGGGAGAGGUGAGAGCCAUACUGGACCUCAAGAAACUUAACAUCCACAUAGCAUACAAGCGCUUCAAGAUGCAAUCGUUCCAGAACAUCUUGGGUUGCAUCAGGCAGGGCGAUUUCCUGACUUCAAUCGACCUGAAGGAAGCGUAUCUGCAUGUACCCAUUCAUCCAGUGCAUCGCAAGUUCCUGAGGUUCCAGUUUGCAAACCAACAUUACCAAUACAAGGCUCUUCCCUUCGGCCCAUCAUCAGCCUCAAGGACUUUCACCAAACUCCUGGCUGCUGUCGCUGCACACCUCAGGACUCGUCCAGUGAGGAUCAUUUGUUACCUGGAUGACAUUCUGUUGAUGUCGGUGUCCAGACAGAGGGCAUGCCAGGAUCUCAACGCCACCAUUCAUGCACUACAGCAACACGAUUUCUCCGUUAAUCUGGAGAAGAGCCAUUUGGAGCCUACCUCCAGGAUUCAACACCUGGGCUCCAGAAUCUGUGAUCAGGAAGAUCCUGCUGGAGGGGGCCGAGGUACUGCUCGUUGCUUCGCACUGGCCAAGGAGGUCCUGGUUCACCGACCUUGUCAGUCUGUCAGUGACCAAGCAUUGGCUCAUUCCUCAAGAGUGGCACUUGAGGGGGAGCUCCUGAGGCAGGAUAACUUCUCUGACAAGGUCAUCCGCACCAUUCAGGAAAAUAUUUGGUGUAUUCCAUUGGCUCCUUUAUAUCAAAAUGCCUUUUUAAACAACACUUUUUUUCUCUCAUUUCAGGGAAACGAAGCAAGCUACCCACUGGAAAUGUGUUCACACUUUGAUGCAGAUGAGAUUAAACGAUUGGGGAAGAGAUUUAAGAAGCUUGACUUAGAUAACUCUGGUUCUUUAAGUGUGGAAGAAUUUAUGUCUUUGCCUGAGUUACAACAGAAUCCCUUGGUACAACGAGUAAUAGAUAUAUUUGAUACUGAUGGAAAUGGAGAAGUAGACUUCAAAGAAUUUAUAGAAGGAGUCUCCCAGUUCAGUGUCAAAGGUGACAAGGAGCAGAAGUUGAGGUUUGCCUUUCGCAUCUAUGACAUGGAUAAAGAUGGUUAUAUUUCCAAUGGGGAGCUUUUCCAGGUUUUGAAAAUGAUGGUUGGGAACAAUCUCAAAGAUACCCAGUUGCAGCAAAUUGUAGACAAAACCAUAAUAAAUGCAGAUAAAGAUGGUGAUGGAAGAAUAUCCUUUGAAGAGUUCUGUGCUGUUGUAGGAGGCCUAGAUAUUCACAAAAAGAUGGUGGUAGAUGUGUGACUCUUUAUGAUACUACCCAACACUUUUGCUUUCUUCUCCAUCUCUGAAGAUCUGCUCAAGACGUCCAGCAAUGCUCUCUGUGUAUUUAAAUGGAAGUAUUUUUCUCUGUGAAACCACAUUUUCCAACAUGAGCCUCAUGAAGCCAACUAAGUGUUGUUGAACUUUCAUUCUCUCAAUAACGCAAGUGUAGCACUUUAAAAGUCUGAAGGACAGCAAAAUGGAAAGAGCAUAUCAGUGUGGUGGAGAAAGGGAAGGGGGUUGUCUUUUUAAUUUAUUUUUCUCAACUUUUAUAACAAGAAAAUAUCUAUCUAUAUAUAUGUGUGUGUGUAUUUAUAUAUAGAUAUAUAUAUGUUGUGCUUUCUAUUUAGUAGUUAGGCAAGCUUUAAUUUAAUAUACUUGAUUUAGGCAUAAAACUAGAGUACAAAAGUGCCAAGCAGAUUAUUAUAUAGUACAACACAUAAGAUAUACAACUUUACUUUUAUGUCACACAGAUACACACAUGCAGGCAGAUAUACUUUAGAAGAAUAUAAUGUUUUAAUGGAUGUUAGGUCAACUUUUUCCUGUGACUGUUUCAGAUGUUUAUAUAUUGACUGGCUGAAAUAGCAUCAUUUCCUGUUAAUUUAUCUUAAUUACAUUUUUGUAUGACAGGAAUGUAGAUUAGUUUGUGUAUAUAUGUACACUAUUUAAUAGUAUGUGCAUGUAUAUGUACGUACACAUACUAUUUAUGGGUAUUAAAAUAGCAAUGCAUGUUAUAAAAAUUUAAUUGCCAAGAACUAGAUUGUAUGUGCAAAAAAUGCUUAUGGUCAUUUCAUAUUUUUUUCAUUUAACACAGUUGCAUAAAAUAAACCUAGUAAACAUUGGCUCUUUCCAUUUAGAUAAAACAGUUGUAAACACUUGUUUUUCAGUACUAAUCUUGAUACAAAAGAGUUUAGGAUCAUUCCCUAGGAUACCUUCUGCAAUGAGAUUACUAAACCUCUCAUGCCAUUAAAAUAUCUUCCAACUAUAUAGUUUCUCUAAAGCAUUUAAUAUACUAAUUUAAGUUGCAUAAAACCUGGUAAUAUUUUAUAUAUGUGUAUAUAGGUUUAUUACACGAGAAACAUUAACCUCUGCUAUAUGGAAGAGGUAAGGUUCACAUUCUUUUUUUUUAACGUCCUGAUCUUCAGUUGGAGAAUUUUUUUUCUAAAUUUGUUUUUAUCAUGACUUGUAAUUGACAGUAACUUUAUAUGUGUGAUAUAAAAGUAGCAAGGCAUGUUAUACAAUAUAUAAUUCUUUUUCUGCAAUGGUACUAUUGGAUAGAAGAAAAUUGUUAGAUUUUUAGGAUAGUACGCCCUUUCUUCUAGCAAUUUUUCUAUUUGAAAUGUUUUAUAAUUCGCAGUGGAAAGGCAGGUUGUUCAAACUUAAAUCAAUUGCCUCCCAGCCAGCCAUAGCUGUUCCUUCAAUUGAGUGCUGCACAUCAUGGGCUCUGUCUGUGAGAGAGAAAUCCAGGUGCUUGGUGUCCUUGCAUGACAUGAAGUUUUGCAUGUAGAUCGAUUUGAAAUGUUCCUCUUGUUUACAUGAUUUGCAUAAUUUAAAAAAGAUGUUGCCAAACUUUUGGUAAAUGUUAAAACAGAAAAUCUCCACUACAUGUAUCUUUCUUCCUCUGGAUCAGUAUGUGGAUUAUAAUCCCAACCAGUGGUUGUAUUUGUUCCAUUGUCAACUGCCAUGUGCUCUGCUUCAGGGGGAACUAGUCUUUUGUGAAUUUUUUUGUACAUAAAUAUUUGUUACAAAUAUUUUAGCAAUUGCUUUCUAUUUCUUAAGUGCUUGUGCAUAUCCUUCCUGGCAUAAUAGAAAAUAGUGCUAAUGUUACUUUCGUACUGGGGGAAUGAGCUUUUUUAGGUUGUGUGCAAAAAAAAAAGGGUUAUGUUGAAUGUUUAGAUUUUUCCUCUGCAUGCUAUACCAUACAUUGUUGGAAGUAUAGGAACCUUCAUAAUGUAUGAAUAAAAAUAAACUAUUUGAACUUUA